CCUCUGUCCUUCUUCUUACUCUGUGGCUCGGACUCAUUGUCACACCACUCAUCUCUCUCAAACCUCCUCAUGGACUCGCUCAUGGUCAGUUCUGGGCAUAAAGUGUGUCCUAGUGAGGCUGGGGGUUCUGCACUUGUAUUUUUCUCUGAAGGCACCAAAUGAAGUCUCUUGGAAUGGAUGCAUGACUCAAAAGUAAAGUGGCAUCUUUUUAAGCACAAUGGAUAACGCCCACAGUCCAGAGGUCAGGUUCAGACUGGACGAGGGCCCUGAUCAUCCCACAACCCUGAGGGGACAAUGGUCAAGCAAAAUUGAGUUUCUUCUGGCUGUGGCGGGGCAAAUUAUCGGGCUGGGAAAUGUGUGGAGGUUUCCUUACCUGUGCUACAAAAAUGGAGGAGGUGUGUUCUUCAUCCCGUACGUACUUUUCCUCUUCUCCUGCGGCAUUCCCUUGUUUUUGCUGGAGACAUCCCUCGGCCAGUACACCAAGCAGGGAUGCAUCACCUGUUGGAGGAAAAUUUGUCCACUCUUCGAGGGGAUGGGUUAUGGCAGUCAGGUGGUUGUUUUAUACUCCAGUAUCUACUACAUAGUGAUACUAGCCUGGGCAUUCCUGUAUCUCUUCUCUUCCUUCAGCUCUGAACUUCCUUGGGCGACCUGCAGGAACAGCUGGAACACAGAAAAUUGUGUGGAGUUUGAUCAAAGACGGGAUUAUUUCAACCUAACAAUACCUGAGAAUGCAACUUCACCAGUGAGAGAGUUUUGGGAGAGACGAGUUUUAAAUAUCACAGGCAGCAUCAAUGAGUUGGGCAGUGUUAGAUGGGAGUUGGCUCUCUGUCUGCUGUUGUCUUGGAUCAUCUGUUACUUCUGCGUGUGGAAAGGAGUGAAGUCUACUGGGAAGGUCGUUUACUUUACUGCUACUUUUCCUUAUGUGAUGCUCGCUGUGCUACUCAUUCGUGGACUCACAUUGCCAGGAGCCAUGGACGGGAUCAAGUUCUACCUUUACCCAGAUGCAUCCCGCCUCGCCGACCCGCAGGUAUGGAUGGAUGCCGGGACACAAAUAUUUUAUUCCUAUGCAAUUUGCAUUGGCUGUCUAGUUGCAUUGGGCAGCUAUAACAAGUACAACAAUAACUGCUACAAGGAUUGUGUAUAUUUGUGCCUUUUGAAUAGUGGAACCAGUUUCGUUGCUGGUUUUGCCAUCUUCUCUGCUCUUGGAUUCAUGGCCUAUGAGCAGAACACUGACAUAUCAAAAGUGGCAGAAUCAGGACCUGGUUUGGCAUUUAUUGCCUACCCUCGGGCAGUCGCCAUGAUGCCUUUUCCUCAACUUUGGGCCAUAUUCUUUUUUGUUAUGAUCAUUCUUCUGGGACUGGACAGUGAGUUUGUAGGUCUGGAAGCUCUCACAACGUCAAUAUCUGACCUGUAUCCUGCCUUCUUUCUUGUCGGCCAUCGACGUAAACUUCUGCUCCUGUUCGUCUGCGUCUUCAGCUUUUUCAUUGGUCUUGUUAUGGUGACAGAAGGAGGACUGUACGUCUUCCAGGUGUUUGACUACUACGCCUGCAGUGGGAUGACUUUGCUUCUGUUUGCCAUUCUGCAGUCUGUGUGUGUUGGAUGGGUGUACGGUGCUGAGCACUUUUACGACAACAUUGAGGACAUGAUCGGAUACCGGCCUUUUCCCUUCAUUAAGUACUGCUUGAAAUACGUCACUCCAGUGAUUUGCCUGGGCACUUUUGUUUUUUCCUUGGUCAAGUACACCCCUCUGAAGUUCGACAACACAAUAGAGUAUCCGUGGUGGGGUUACGCUCUGGGCUUGUGGUUCACUCUCUCCUCAACACUCAUGGUUCCCCUCUGGAUGCUGUACAAUCUGCUCAUCACUCCUGGCACCCUGCGGGAGAGAUUCUCUAUCUUGUGCACUCCAGCUGAAGACCUUCCUCUGACCAAAUCAGAAAAGGCUCUCGAACUUCUCAGCCCGCCGCCAUCUCAGAGCAACAUGGAUUGACGAGGUGAAUCUGUCCUCACAGAUUCCUACAUACCAUCAUUAAGGCGUAGAGUUAGACCCCAAAACAGCUUUGCAUUUUUAUUCAAACAAGGCUGUUCAUAGAAACUGAAAUGCACAAAAACCUUAUCAAUUUUCAAACAAUGUUUUUCUAUCUUUCUUUUAAUGUUAGGCUCUCAUAAGACAUCACUAUAAGAACCAAUGCACUUAAAAUGUGUUACUUUACACUUUGUUGAGCAUCUCGGAAUUUAAAAGACUGUUUAAAAUGUAGUUUGUUGUUAAAACAAAAAUAAGCACAAAAUGUUUUGUUCCUUGGAAAAUAAUUCCUAAAAAAUUGACAUUUUAUAAAUCCUGUUACAUUAAAUCAAACCAUACUAACGCUCUUAUUAUGAUCCUGUCAGCACAGACAAGCUGUUGCAUGAGCUUGUUGUUGCAAUCAAAACAUAUAGUAAUACUGAAUAGCUGACACAUUUUUCUACCGGCAUAAAAUCAAUAAAUUUAGGUGGUGCUUUGGUUGCUAAUUUUGAAUAGUUUUUAAUGUAACUGUACUUGAACUUGUAUAUUCCUUGAGAUUAUUUAUUUUUUUCCAGAAAACAACACAAGGCACAGCUGCAAUUUAUGCAUAUCCCUGGCAGAUUUAUACCAAAAGUAUACUUUUGAAGGGGCAGAAUUAUGUAUUUUCCAGGCACAUAGAGGCAUUUAAUAGCACAAUCAAGUAAUUAUGUUACCUUCACUUGUUAA